UAUGGAGGGGGGUUGUUUGUUUGCGUUACCAUGAUGUACGUUCACUAGGGGUUUUAUGUACCCAAGUGUUUUAAGGGUUCUUAUAUUCAGGAAUUAAUUAGUAUUGAUGUACUGUCAUUAUUAGAUGUUUUGUUUAAGAUAUCUCUCAGUAGCCUAAUACUUCAAAAUGCUUUCAGAAAAACGUAUAAAAGUAAGGUAUUCAACAGACCCAAAUGGGAAUCUUUGGGCUGCCGAUCCCAACAAUUUUGGCAGAAAAAUGCUAGAAAAAUAUGGUUGGUCUCCUGGAAAGGGUUUAGGAAAAAACAGCAACGGUAUUAAAGCCCCUAUAAAGGCUUCCAUACAGAAAGGCACACGGGGAUUGGGUAUGAAGUCGGACUUUUGUUUGGGUAUCCGGCAGAUUGAUGAAUACGCAAGUCUUCUGCGUAAGCUUAACAACGCCCACAGUAGUUCUGACAAAACAAAUGCAAUCAGUGAAUGUUUACCAACGAGUUGGAGGAAAGGUAUGAAGACUUUAAGGUCAAAGGAUGCAUCUAAGUAUGAUCAGCAAGAUCUAUCCAUUGUUCUUGGACAUACUCGGUCAUUUUUGGAAGAAAAAAUAGCCUCGCCAAAUGCUCCUGCAAAGGAAUCUGGUUGUCAAAUUCCUAGUGUGAUAAGUCCAAUGUCUGUCUCCGAAUAUUUUGCUAAAGCAAAAAAACACAGACUCCAAAGCGAGCCACAAACUUGUGAUUUGGUUGAUGUCAAGUCAGCGAAGUCAAUUGAAAUUAUCGUCCCGGUUGAUCAACACGUUACAUCAAACUCUGUUUCAGUAAAGAUCAAUGAUAACGAAGGGUUCGAAUGUAGGAAAAUUGAAGAGAUAUCAAACCAUGAAGACGUCGAACUGAUCAUACCACCACUAGAUCCUGAUAAAAAAAUAAGGCGUGUCGAAACUGUAAAUGCAGGAGAAAAUGUCAUUAAUUCUCUAUUCGUGCAGUCCAACUUAUUGUCGAUGCCUGGGUACUGUUAUUACUAAUUAUUUUUGAGUAAAAAUUGUACUGACCAGUUUGUUGUUAUAUUCAUGGCAAUCUCAAAGUAACAAAGAAUCGCAUCUUGUAUGUAUUGCUAAAUAAUGGUGAGGUAACACUUACGUAAGGUCAUUCGAUGUUUACUUCGGUUUCUAGUAGUUGCGUUUUUAUUAUUUUGAAGCGCAGAAACUUAGUGUUUUUGCAGCUAGGUAACUACGCUUACUCUCAUAUUGCUAUGUGAUUAUAUAGUUAUACAUGUUAUAACGAUUAAAAAAGUAAUUUCCGUAUCCGUGACGUGGUCGUUAGACGACUUUAAACCUUAUAAAUAUUUAAUGAUUGGAAUACGCUGUGUUAUGCUAUUCUGGGUAGGAUAAAAAUAAGUCGGAGAAUAGUUAGGAGUGGUUAAAGCAAUAUUUAAUAUCAGCCCAUGAAGCUAUUGGCGUUUGAUCUAAGUUGUUUCAGUAAUUUCGAAUUAUGUUACAGUCCUCAGAGUAAUUGUACUUUAUUGUUCAAGACUUCAAGUGGCACGGCUAACUGUCGAGCAAGGUGUUGCGAAUGGGCUCUAUCAUUAUUCUGAAUCUUCAGCUUAGUAUCAUGUGUAGGUUUUCGGAACCACUGAUACCAUUAUUUUGACUAAUUUGCUUUUUAUUCCAGUAAAGUCCUUCCACUAUAUUCAUGUAGUUUGGCAAACUAAACCAAAAAAAGUUUGUGCCAAUUCCGAUUUUAUAUAACAUAGGCUGCUUGGUCAGUCAUCCUUAUAUAUAUACAAAGCGAUACUUAAAAUGGCAUGGUUAAAUACAGCAUAUGGUUACUAGUACAUAAAUGGUAAACAUAAGUGGUCGAUCACUUGUUCUUUGGCAUAAUACUACCACUCAUGUAAUUUUAAUUCGCUCCUUAUAAAUAACCGGUGAUUUGAUUUUAUUCCGAAGUACCAGUAUAAUAUUUUGCAUAAUGUACCGUGUUAAAUCACCAUUGAUGCAUCAGGACUAAAAGAAGAAACUUGCUAAAUCAUAGUACUUCUGACUACACAGAAAAAUAUAGACUCCACACUUACCCGCUCAAGAGCAAGCAACCUUAAAAAAUAGGUGAAUAGAAAGGUCACCAUCAUAGUACCAACAGACAAAGGUAGUUAUGGACAUCAAGAAGGCCAGUGACCUACUCAAAGACAAGUCUAUAACAACCAUUAGUGAGAAACCCUAUUAAAAAAUUAGACAGCUGAAUCGACAGAACUCUAAGCGAACUCGUCAAAGACAAACUACGAAACAAGAUCAGUGACAAACAAAAUCCACUACAACAGAUCAAAUUAAAUACUUCAUUACAAAGUAUUGUUACGGCUGGACAGUAACAUGCAUUUUGUGCAAAGAACUCUAAAUGAUAAUAAAAGACAGAAUCUUGUGAUCAUUCUAUGGAUUCCUCAACUUAGUCCCCUGACUGCACAAGUUUCUUAUAACUCACUCUUAUUCAACAAACAUACGAGUGAAACUAAUAGGAUCCCCUAUUUCACAAAUAAUUGCAGAUAGCGUGAUGCAAAGACUACAAAGCACAUUUCUACUAGCAAUCGAACUGAAGAUUUAAAUACGUAGAUGACAUUCGUUAGUUCGGAAAUGCUUAGGAUUUUAUCAACAACAUCUCCAAUAAUAUCAAAUUUACAAGUCAAAAAGAAGAAUAAGUUAAAACUUUCCUUGAACGUUUGACUCAACAGAAAUACAGUCAGUCAGCUACAACGUAGGACCAGGCACAUUUAUGCAUCGGUAAAAGUUGCCAUACCUUAUUAACACAACAAGAUCAACACCGGAUUCAUAAAAGUAGUUAUUUCAGAGGUGGUAAUAUAUAAAAGAAAGAUUGCGAUAAGGAUAUAGUGCAGAAAGAAAGGAUUAGUUCGUAGAAAGAAAGAUAUGAAGCGAUUUUAAACUCUUAGUUUAAGGGAAGACAG